AUGUCUCUUCUUGUUACCAUAUUUGCUCUCGUAUUCGUUGCAGAGCUUAUCUCCUGGAUAGGCCAAUCCGUCCUUCUUGAUUUCUUCUACUCUCUCUACUUGAGAGUAUUCUACUCCUCCCAUGCUGAGCGGCAGCGAAAACUCAAGGCAGAGAUCCUAGCUACAAAGGCUGAGCUGUUGAAGACGAGCGCCCAAGACCAGUUCGCCAAGUGGGCGAAGCUGAGGAGAAGUGUGGAUAAAGGGCUGGCUGAUUUGGAGAAGCUCAAUGGAGAACUGUCUUCCAUAAAAUCAUCCUUUUCCAUGAAAUUUACGACCGUUAUUUGGAUGUCGACGACCGGUUCUCAAUUCGUUGUGGGGUGGUGGUAUCGUAAAGCUGCUGUAUUCUAUUUACCAGAAGGGUGGUUCGGACCAGUUGGGUGGUGGCUGUCGUUUCCAUUUGCACCAAAAGGCUCUGUAAGUGUAGGAAUGUGGCAAAUGGCUUGCAGAAGGGUUGUCAAAGUUGGAGAAAGGGUCGUGAAGGACCUUUGUGUGCCGACUGAGAUUAAGGCUGGAGUGGAAGAAAGCAAAGCCGAGUGA